GCGGCCGCGCCCGCGGGGCUCCCCUCGCCGCCCGGUCCGGCGGCAGCAGCGAGACGCGCUGGGUGCCGCCGCUCCACGCAGCUGCUGCCAACUUUUGCUGGCGCUCAGCUGCGCCGCGGUUCCUCCCGGGAGGCGAAGUCGGGGCCGUGCCUUCGCCCCGAGCGGCGGCGGGUGCCCUCGGGGAGGAUCCAGCUCCUUUGCCCUGUUUUUUCCUCUUUUUUUUUUUUUUUUCAUUUUUCUUUUGCGCGGAGGGGUGGGGAACGGAAGAAGCUAUAAAGCGCUAAGGGACGUGCGUGACAUAGUCCGUGUUGCAGCCCAUCCCCACUGGAGCUGGGGGCUUAGGUAAACACCCGCUCUCCUAGAAAAAGGCCCUCCCCCCCCUCUUCCCCGCUUCGGGAGAGACCGGACGGGACGGGACCGGACCGGCCGCCGCAAGGAUGCUCCUGCUGCGCUGCCCACCACUGCCGCUGCUGCUGCUGCUGCCGCUCAGCUCAAGGCCCCAGAAGUUACCUACCAGAGAUGAGGAGCUCUUCCAAAUGCAGAUCCGGGACAAAGCGUUUUUUCAUGAUUCAUCAGUCAUCCCAGAUGGAGCUGAAAUUAGCAGCUACCUCUUCCGAGACACCCCUAAAAGGUAUUUCUUUGUGGUUGAAGAGGAUAACACUCCCUUAGCAGUGACAGUGACACCAUGCGAUGCCCCUCUGGAGUGGAAACUGAGCGUGCAAGAGCUCCCAGAGGAAACCAGUGGAGAAGGUUCAGGCGAACCAGAACCUCUUGAGCAACAGAAACAGCAGAUUACUAAUGAGGAAGGCACAGAGCUGUUCUCUUACAAAGGCAAUGAUGUUGAGUAUUUUGUGUCCUCUAGUUCCCCAUCUGGUUUGUACCAACUUGAUCUGCUGUCAACAGAGAAGGACACACAUUUUAAAGUGUAUGCAACCACUACUCCAGAAUCGGACCAGCCUUAUCCUGAAUUACCUUAUGAUCCCAGAAUCGAUGUCACUUCUCUGGGACGUACAACAGUGACACUGGCAUGGAAGCCAAGUCCCACCGCCUCCUUACUGAAACAGCCAAUUCAGUAUUGCAUUGUCAUCAAUAAAGAACACAAUUUCAAAAGCCUCUGUGCUGUGGAAGCUAAGCUCAGUUCUGAUGAUGCCUUCAUGAUGGCUCCAAAACCAGGUCUGGAUUUCAGUCCAUUUGACUUUGCCCAUUUUGGCUUCCCCUCAGACAACAACUCUGGCAAAGAACGUGGUUUCCUAAAAUCAUCAUCAUCAAAGUUUGGGAGGCAAACAUCCUCAAAGCCGAGAGUUGAUCUGCAUAAAGUUUGUAUGGGGAACAAGAACAUAUUCACAGUGUCUGAUCUGAAGCCUGAUACGCAGUACUACUUUGACAUGUUUGCAGUAAACACCAACACUAACAUGAGCACUGCGUACAUUGGCACCUUUGCCAGAACGAAGGAGGAAGCUAAACAGAAAACAGUUGAACUGAAGGAUGGCAGGGUUACAGAUGUAUUCAUCAAGAGGAAAGGAACCAAAUUUCUGCGGUUUGCUCCUGUUUCAUCUCACCAAAAAGUCACCUUCUCUGUUCAUUCAUGCCUGGAUGCUGUUCAGAUCCAAGUGAGGAGAGAUGGAAAACUUGUCUUGUCUCAAAACGUGGAGGGUGUGCGGCAGUUCCAGCUUCGAGGAAAAGCAAAAGCUAAGUAUCUCAUUAGGCUGAAGGGAAGCAAAAAAGGUGCUUCUAUGCUGAAGGUCCUGGCUACAACAAGGCCUAACAAACAGUCAUUUCCUUCUCUUCCUGAAGAUACACGAAUCAAAGCCUUUGACAAGCUCCGCACGUGUUCUUCAGUCACGGUGGCAUGGCUGGGGACGCAGGAGAGAAACAAAUUCUGCAUCUACAAAAGGGAAGUGGAUGACAAUUACAAUGAAGAGCAGAAGAAGAGAGAGCAGAACCAGUGCUUAGGUCCAGAUACGAGGAAGAAAUCAGAAAAGGUUCUCUGUAAAUACUUCCACAGCCAGAACAUCCAGAAAGCAGUGACCACAGAGACAAUCAGAGGCCUGCAGCCCGGCAAGUCUUACCUGCUGGACGUUUAUGUGAUAGGGCACGGUGGGCACUCCGUGAAAUAUCAGAGCAAACUGGUGAAAACAAGGAAGUUCUGUUAGUGCCCUUGUACACAGAAGUAUAUGGAACUCUGGUCUGAACGUUAUCCUACUUCCAGGUAUUGACUACUUGCACAGCUGAGAAGUUGUGACCUGUAUUUGUACUGUGUAGAAAAGAUAUCAACUUGUAUAUUUAUGUUUACAUAAGUAAUUGUUUGGAGGAACUGAGGUUGGUGCCCUCUGGUAGCGUCUGGCAAUGGUGUUCUCAUGUGUCCGGUGACCCACAUGUGAUGCUCAGUAGAUGUCCAAGGUAGCAGGAAACCCCAAAGGAACUUGCACUCCUUUGCGUCCAUAUUGCAUGAACUGCUUCUAAAUUAUUUUAUACUUAAAAGGCUGAGAUAAAUUGUUCAUCCACUUUGUUACUCACACACCAAGCACACAGACAUAGACCCUUUCACUCGGCAUAGAUGAUAGGAUUUCUGUAAAUUAUUUUAUAGAGUCUUGUUUUAAAUGUUUAUGUUUCUAUGAUUGUAAACUAUUAAAAUCUGUCUCUGUUAAAAUACAGAUCUAAACUAAGUAUUAACUGGGCUGCACAUGAAGCGGUUUCAUUGCUAAUGUAAAUUCUUACCUAGCUGAUUUUCAUGUUUAAAUACUGUAUUAUUUCAUGUAAAAAGUUGCCAUAAUGUUAUAUUCCUGUAUAUAAAAUUAAAAAAGCUAGAUUAUA